AUGUCAGCCACCGUCAGGGCGCGUUUGAAUGGGUGUAGCGAGUUGCCAGUAGAAAGGUUUUUGUCGGACGUAGCAAGGUCCCUGUACCCGGACAGCACUCUGCUGAGCCGGUGCUUCAGGUCCUGCGUCUACCCGACGCCGGAAGAGGUGCCAACCCUCCACGAUUUGCUGCCGACACGGCUGCACCGCCUGACGAGGCUGCAGGUCCGUUACGGCACAAGGAUCACGAUUCCGGGGAUGCUGCUGCAACAGUCCAUCCUGAGCGCGGCGGCAGACAACAGGUGGGCGAAAGAGUUCCACUUCGAGUGCAGGAAGGGCGAUGUAACGAUGAUAGAGGUCCUCCAUAAGCUCGCGCCGCUCUCGGAGAGAGCGAGACCGGUCUUCGCUGCGAUGAAGUGGCCCACGAGAGAACAAGAAUCUGACUCGAGAGAACAAGAAUCUGACUCGGAUACGUCGGAUGACGGGGCGCGCUUCAACAAGUGUGGUAGCUGUGGCAUGAGGAGCCACCGCAAGAAAGACUGCUCCCACGGCAAUGACAG